ACACAAUAGAUAGAUUAAGUAAUACGCAGUUUUCGCCACCGGCCGUUGAAAAAUUCGGUGUUCUUUGAGCUAGCAUUCAGUGAAAAACACAAAGAUGCCCGUAACGGCGAAUCCGUAUUUGACGCUGUGUUCGGAUUUCGAUCCGCCGCCGAUGAAGAAGUGCAAAAUCUGCGAGGGGGAGGGGACCAGAAUGGGGUCGAUCGUGUGUGCUGCCGAUGAUCAGCGGACGUUGGACCGGAUAUUUGCAAUGACUAGCGUCCGCGCUCGGCCGGUGUUCGGAAUCAUCACCCCGGUGUGCGACGAAUGUCGUGAACGGAUUGAUAUGUUCGAUGAAGAGUUUGAACCUCAGGUUAGGGACUUACUGCUGCAGGAUCUGGAGACGCCGGUUGUAAUAGAAGAGUACGAUCCAUUGUUAGAAAAUGUAGUCGAUUCGAAGAACUUGAACGACUCCGAGGCUUGGGAGGAAAAUUUUGAACACGAUCCUAGCGACCCCGUUCCAUCUUUUGUGGAGCGGCAGGUUACAGUUGAAUCGUCCGAACAUGUUGAAGAUUUGCCGGAACCACACGAUUCUUGCGAGCCAGCACAACAAUCGACGGGUGAUCGACGGUUGCCGUCACGCGACACGCAGGUUGAAGAGCCAUCGGGUAUUUCGGAUUCGAAAAACCUGAUAUUGGUAGACGAUCCGAAAAAGAUCUUUAAAAACAUGUGCCCGAUUUGUGCGAAACAGUGCAAAUCGUUGAAAAGCCACAUAAAAAUUCACGUACGCAAAGGGAUGUACGUUUGCCUGUACUGCCGGGCGAAGUUUAGAACCAGAAGCUUACUCGCCUAUCACAAUGCGACUCACACUCAAAGACCGUUUUGCUGUAAUCUGUGUACCAAAACGUAUCGCACCGUGUUUACCCUGAAGGCACAUAUGAAACAACACUCACGCACUCCCGCGUACCAGUGUGAGUUCUGCCCGAAGGCGUUCAACAGUGACACCUGUUGGAAAAUCCACAUACGGACGCAUAAGGGGGAAAAGCCGUUCCCUUGCAGUAUUUGUGGAAGGACUUUUGGAACGCCGUACAAUCGGAAGGUUCACGAAAUGCGACACCAGAAUAAGCGAGACUAUCAGUGCGACAAGUGCCCGAAGGGCUUCUUUUCACCUAAGGAGUUGCGCACCCACCAGAUACGGCACAUCAAAGUUGGCCUACGGACCUUUCCUCAGAUAACAGAGCAGUUACAAAAGAUGGGAACGGCAAAGGAGGAGCUCUUGUCCAAAGCGGAAGGCUUCAUCAAUGAUCAUCUUUACGAAACGGUAGAGAAGCAGUGCCCGAAGCAGUUCUCUUGCUCGGACUGCUACAAGUCGUUCCACGAUAAGUCGCAACUUCGGCUACACGUGAAGCGAAUGCACAGUGCGGCCUCUCUAGGCAAAUCCAACGUGCGGUAUCCAAAGAUUGAUAAGGAAGCUGCUGAAAAGCAAAUGGCCUCGCUUAUUUUUUCAGAUCCUCCGUUCGUGUGUGACGUGUGCGCAAGAAGUUUUCAAAGCGGCCGAGGUCUACGGCAACAUCUGCACGUGCACAUACGUGGCGUGAAGGUGCAUCGCUGUAGUCAUUGUCCGAAAGUGUUCUUCCAGAUCGGCCACAUGCAGGAACACGAACUGACGCACACUGGCCAGAAACCUUUCAGUUGCCCCGUCUGCGGAAGGUGUUUCAAUCGAAACUAUCUUAUGGAACGUCAUCGAAGGGAACAACAUCCAGACGAAAUUAUUCCGGAUGGUUCACAGGAAAGUAACCCGGGCAACGAACCACUAAUUGUAGACCUCAAUGGGCAAGUGGCGACGGACUUUGUACUGGAUUCAGUAGGAAUCGAGACAAGAGCGAUGGACCAAACAGAUUUACUAACGUUGAAAGUGGACGGGGCGGAACCGACGAACGAAACGGACACUGUUGCGACCAGUCCCGAAAAGGUGAGAAAAAAGGUUCGAUUUUCGGAUGUAUUGGAAGUGGAAUACUUCAAUCCAAAUGAGUGCCAUAUUUCGAGAAUACCAAAGUCUAGUAAUAGACCAGGUAUACUCAAGGGGAGCUUGAAAAAGGACAAAGGAUCAUUAAAACCGCCACCAGAAACCUGCGCUGUUCCAAUGGUGCACCCUACGCCUGUAACCAGCACCAUACUCGACAUGGACACGGUCGCUCCAAAACAACAAAACUCAAGCAUUUCGGAAAGUGCCUUUACUCUGCAAGAAGCUGAGGCAAAAGUUAAUCCAGAACUAAGUCGCAUUGACGCUAUGAACAGCCCGUCUACGCUGCAGCAAGCUGAAACGAUGGUUAAAUCAGAACUAAAUGGCACAGACUCUAUGAACAACCCGUCUACAAUGCUGGAAGAUGAAACGAUGAACUAA